AUGAAGUGUGCUCGCUGGGCUCUGGUCCUGGCCGUGCUGGGCGCCGAGCUGCUGGGGAGCCUCGGAUCCACCGUCAGGUCCCCAAGGUUCAGGGGACGGAUCCCGCAGGAGCGAAAGAACAUCCGGCCCAACAUUAUCCUGGUGCUCACCGACGACCAGGAUGUGGAGCUGGGGUCCCUGCAGGUGAUGAACAAAACGAGAAAGAUUAUGGAGCAUGGGGGGGCCACGUUCACCAAUGCCUUCGUGACCACACCCAUGUGCUGCCCCUCCCGCUCCUCCAUGCUCACCGGGAAGUACGUGCACAACCACAACGUCUACACCAACAACGAGAACUGCUCCUCACCCUCCUGGCAGGCGAUGCAUGAACCUCGGACGUUUGCCGUGUACCUGAACAACACCGGCUACAGAACAGCCUUUUUUGGAAAAUACCUCAAUGAAUAUAAUGGCAGCUACAUCCCUCCUGGGUGGCGAGAAUGGCUUGGAUUAAUCAAGAAUUCUCGUUUCUAUAAUUACACUGUUUGUCGCAAUGGCAUCAAAGAAAAGCACGGAUUUGAUUAUGCAAAGGACUACUUCACAGACUUAAUCACUAACGAGAGCAUUAAUUACUUCAAAAUGUCUAAGAGAAUGUAUCCCCAUAGGCCCAUUAUGAUGGUGAUCAGCCACGCCGCGCCCCACGGCCCCGAGGACUCGGCCCCACAGUUUUCAAAACUGUACCCCAAUGCUUCCCAACACAUAACUCCCAGUUAUAACUAUGCACCAAAUAUGGACAAACACUGGAUUAUGCAGUACACGGGACCCAUGCUGCCCAUCCACAUGGAAUUCACAAACGUCCUCCAUCGCAAACGGCUUCAGACUUUGAUGUCAGUGGAUGACUCUGUUGAAAGGCUGUAUAACAUGCUGGUGGACACGGGGGAGCUGGAGAACACGUACAUCAUCUACACCGCUGACCAUGGCUACCACAUCGGGCAGUUCGGGCUGGUCAAGGGGAAGUCCAUGCCGUACGACUUUGAUAUCCGAGUGCCUUUCUUCAUUCGCGGGCCGAGCGUGGAACCCGGAUCCAUAGUCCCGCAGAUCGUCCUCAACAUUGACCUGGCUCCUACGAUCCUGGAUAUCGCUGGACUUGACCCACCUCCCGACGUGGAUGGCAAGUCUGUCCUCAAACUUCUGGACCUGGAGAAGCCAGGUAACAGGUUUCGAACAAACAAAAAGGCCAAGAUUUGGCGGGAUACAUUCCUCGUGGAAAGAGGGAAAUUUCUCCGUAAGAAAGAAGAAGCCAACAAGAAUAUCCAGCAGUCAAAUCACCUGCCCAAAUACGAGAGGGUCAAAGAGCUGUGCCAGCAGGCCAGGUACCAGACAGCUUGUGAACAGCCGGGACAGAAGUGGCAGUGCAUCGAGGACACGGCAGGCAAGCUGCGCAUCCACAAGUGCAAGGGCCCUGGGGACCUGCUGGCCGCUCGGCAGAGCACCCGCAACCUCUACCCGAGCGGCUUCCAGGACAAGGAGCAGGAGUGCCACUGCGGGGAGGCGGCCUACCGCGCCCGGAGCCAGAGGAAGAGCCAGCGGCAGUUCCUGAGGAGCCAGGGAGCCGCAAAGUACAAGCCCAGGUUUGUGCACACCCGGCAGACACGGUCCUUGUCGGUGGAAUUUGAGGGCGAAGUGUACGACAUAAACUUGGAGGAAGAGGAGCUGCACGUGUUGCAGCCAAGAAGCAUUGCCAAGCGUCACGACGAAGGCCACCAGGGGCCAGGAGGCCGCCAAGCUGCCAACGGCGGCGACGGGGACGCCAUGCUGGCCACCAGCGGCAAUGCCGUGGCCCUGCCCUCCACCGUCCGAGUGACCCACAAGUGCUUUAUUCUUCCAAAUGAUACCAUCCAUUGUGAGAGAGAACUCUAUCAGUCAGCCAGAGCGUGGAAGGACCACAAGGCAUACAUUGACAAAGAGAUCGAAGCUUUGCAAGAUAAAAUUAAGAACCUGAGAGAAGUGAGAGGGCACUUGAAGAGGAGGAAGCCCGAGGAGUGUGUCUGCAGUAAACAGAGCUACUACAAUAAAGAAAAAGGUGUGAAAAAGCAAGAGAAACUGAAGAGCCAUCUCCACCCAUUCAAGGAGGCCGCUCAGGAAGUGGACAGCAAGCUGCAGCUUUUCAAGGAGACCCGGAGGAGGAGGAAGGAGAGGAAGGAGAAGAAGCGCCAGAGGAAGGGGGAGGAGUGCAGCCUUCCUGGCCUGACCUGCUUCACUCACGACAACAACCACUGGCAGACGGCCCCCUUCUGGAACUUGGGCUCCUUCUGUGCUUGCACGAGUUCUAACAACAACACCUACUGGUGUUUGCGCACCGUUAACGAGACGCAUAAUUUUCUCUUCUGCGAGUUCGCCACAGGCUUCCUGGAGUAUUUUGACAUGAACACAGAUCCUUAUCAGCUCACCAACGCGGUGCACACGGUGGAGCGGGGCGUUUUGAACCAGCUGCACGUCCAGCUCAUGGAGCUCCGGAGCUGCCAGGGCUACAAGCAGUGCAACCCGAGACCGAAGGGCCUGGACACGGGGAAUAAAGAUGGAGGAAGCUAUGACCUGCACAGAGGCCAGUUAUGGGAUGGAUGGGAAGGUUAA